AUGGUCUGCGAGGCCUACUGUCAACAAUGUGACGGCCCAGUGUGCAUCAAGUGUAUUCUUGGCAACCAUAAAGGUCGUGAUGGUGUAGACUUAUCUAAUAUAGUAGCAAACAAAAAAGAAGAAAUUGAAAAAGAUACAGCGGAAAUUGAAACUGUUAUUAUUCCAAAGUGUCAGAAAAGUGAGAAUGAGGCUAAAGUUAGAGCCUCUAAUUGCAUUGCUAGAUUUGAGGAGUUAGAACAGGAAAUGGAAAAGCAUAGGAUAUUAUGGCAUAAAGAGGUUGACACCAUAUUCAACAAACUUUGCUCUCUGAUUAAAUCCAUGAGGGAUGACAAUAUGAAUGCUCUAGAAACACAUCAGACUAACCUCAAAUUUUUGAUUCCAGAUAUGAAGAAAACAGUCGAGCAGAACAAAGAUAUGUUGAGCAAUGAUAGAUUUUCCGAAGUCAUAAACUACAAAUCAAAAAUAAUUGUAUUCAGAAACAUACAUGCUGAUAUCCAUUUUGAAAUUCAAUCACUGAACGCAAACACAGUCCACGGCAGUGAACAUAAAAUAAAGCUAAAAGAAUAUGUGGCUUCAUUAACACAGACACAUUCUAAUCGAACAGAUUUAUUUGCAACAGAGUCGUUCGACAGAGUUAUAGCCACAAUUCCAACUAAAGUUGAAUCUCUACUCAGGGUGGUCUGUUUAGGAGCAGAAAAAGCUUGGGUCAGUGGGAAAGACACAACCAUAAAAUGUGUUGACAUACAGGGGUCUGUACAGGACUCUGUAAAGACUACCUUUAUGGAAAGGCCUACUGACAUCACACUGACAAGACAAGGAGAUCUGAUAUACAAUGAUUAUAAAAAUAGAACUCUGAAUAUUGUCAGACAUGGGAGAACAGAAGUAUUGAUCACUACACAAGAGGACUGGAAACCAAGGGGGCUUUGCUCUACCAGAUCAGGAAACAUAUUGAAAGGUAAAUUUAAACUGCUUUUGUCAGAAAACACCAAUGGAGACAUUUGUGCCUCUGAUCCUAACGCUAACAUCGUGACUGUAUUGGACAAGUUAGGAAGAGUGCGAUUCCGAUAUGACGGUACACCUGCCAGAAUGAAGGAGGCAUUUUAUCCUAGCCAGACUGUGACAUAUUCCAUGAAUCAGAUUAUUGUAGCAGAUUACAACAAUGGCUGUCUACACAUUCUUGAUGAAAAUGGACAGUUCCUUAGAUGUGUUUAUACUUGUGAACUAAAUAGUCCCUAUGGAUUGAGUGUCGACAGUGAGGGAAGGUUGUGGGUUGGAUUAUGUUAUUCAAGAGCAGUAAAAGUGAUACAGUACAUGAAAGAACCCUGCAAGUGUUUUGUGUGGGCUUUAGAUUAUGACCAUAUACCCCCUUAA